AUCGCGAGACUCCAGCGCCAUCUGUCGGUGAAAUUGCGGCGGGCUUCUUUAUGUCCCCGAGCCGCCUCUGGUUUGGCAUCCAGGUUGAUCUGUGACCCGUCAUGGCGAUGCAUGCGAAGACGACUCCGCCGCAGAUCCCGGACACUCGCCGGGAGCUCGCUGAGCUUGUGAAGAGGAAACAGGAGCUCGCAGAGACGCUGGUGAACUUGGAAAGGCAAAUAUAUGCAUUUGAAGGCAGCUACCUAGAAGACACCCAGAUGUAUGGCAACAUCAUCAGAGGAUGGGACAGAUACCUCACCAACCAAAAGAACUCCAAUAGUAAGACUGAUAGACGGAAUAGGAAAUUCAAAGAAGCAGAGCGUUUAUUCAGCAAGUCGUCUGUUACAUCAGUUGCAGCGGUGUGUGCACUUGGUGGGAUACCUGAUCAUAUGAAUGAAAAGCGUGAGGCAGGCAGCGGCACAGAGAGUGAUACCUCUCCAGACCUCCAGAACCAAGAAAACGAGCCCAGCCAGGAGGACACGGAGGAUGUAGACUCGACGCUGCAGGACCUGAAGCCUCAGAAGGCUGCCUCCUCCUCCUCCUCAGGAAGCCAUCACGGGAGCCACAAGAAGAGGAAGAACAAAAACAGACACAGUCCUUCUGCCAUGUUUGAUUAUGACUUUGAAUUUGACAUGAAGGUUAACAAGAAACCGAGAGCUGAUUACUCGACCUAAAACACCUGGAGGACCUGGAUACAUGAGAUUUCUGGACUUUUUUAAAAACUUUUUUUGGUUGUCGUAUUUCAGCCUGUACUGUGUACAUCAAUCUAAACAUUCCCCUCACCUCCCACCACUGGUUGGGGCUCACUUUUUGACUUCAGUAGACAUAUGGUGUUGCAUGUUACUUGUGACCCUGUGGGAGUCUCCGCCAGUAACACACCAUCUUGUAUAAUAAUUUUUUUUUUUUAAAAAGAUUGUAUUUAUUGUGUAGCUAAUUUUGCUGUUUCCCAUUGUAAGAAAGCCUUUCCUUUUUUAUUAAGCAUCACAUGGUCAGAUAACUUCUGAAUGCCCUGAAUUCUUUUGUGACACUGUUUAUUUGGCAAAAAAAAUAAAAUCCUGCGGCAAGAA